AUGCCGAGCUCCAACCACAAUUACAACUUCACCGACUACAACUACAGCAGCUCCAACCACAACCACAGCUUCUUCUACCACAACUACAGCAGCUCCAACCACAACCACAGCGGCUCCAACCACAACUACAGCAGUUAUGACCACAACAGCAGCUCCAAUCACAACCACUGCUGCUCCAACCACAACUACAACUGCACCAACCUCAACCACAUUGGMUACUACCACAACCACUGGUGCUCCAACCACAACCACAGCACCUCCAACCACAACCACAGUGGAUCCAACUUCAACCACAGUGGUUGCAACCAGCACCACAGCUUCUCCAACCACAACCACAGCUGCACCAACCACAACCACUGCUCCUCCAACCACCACAAGAGCUCCAACCAUAACCACAGCUGCACCAACCUCAACAACAGCGGCUCCAUCUGCAACAACAGCGGCUCCAACCACAACCACAGUUGCACCAACCACAACUUCUGCUCCAACAACAACCACAGCUUCUCCAACCACAACAACAGUGGCUGCAAGCACAGCUACAUUGGCUCCAGCCACAACCACAGCGGGUCCAACCACAACUACAGUGGCUCCAACGACAACAACAGCUGCUCUGACCACAAUAGCAGCUCCAACCACAACCACUGGUGCUCCAACCACAACCACACUGGCUGCAGCCCCCACCACAGCUUCUCCAACCACAACCACAGCAGCUCCUACCACAACCACUGCUGCACCAACCACAACCACCACGGCUCCAACCACAAAUACAGUUGCUCCAACCACAACCACAGCAGCUCCGACCACAACCACUGCUGCUCCAACCACAACCACCACAACUCCAACCACAAGUACAGUGGCUCAAACCACAACUACAGCGGCUCCAACAACAACUACAGCGGCUCAAACCACAUCCACUGCAUCUGCAACCACAACAACUGCGGCGCCAUCCACAACAACAGCUUCUCCAACAACAGUUUCUCCAACCACAACAACAGCUUCUCCAACCACAACAACAGCUUCUCCAACCACAACAACAGCUUCUCCAACCACAACUUCAGCGGCUCCGACCACAACAACAGCAGCUCCAACCACAACCACCGCUGCUCUGACCACAACCACAGCAGCUCCGACUACGACAGUUGCUCCGACCACAACAACAGCAACUCUUACCACAACCACAGCAAGUCCAACCACAACCACCGCUGCUCCACCCACAACCUCGGUGGCUCCAACCACAACCACAGCUGCUCCAACCACAAUCACUGCUGGUCCAACCACAACAACAGUGGCUCCGACCACGACAACAGCGACUCCAACCACAUCAACAGCGGCUCCAACCACAACCACAGCAGCUCCUACCACAACCACUGCUGCUCCAACCACAACCACCACGGCUCCAACCACAACUACAGCGACUCCAACAACAACUACUGUGGCUCAAACCACAACCCUUGCAACUCCAACCACAACAACAGCGUUGCCAACCACAACAACAGCAACUCCAACCACAACCACCGCUGCUCUGACCACAACCACAGCAGUUCCUACCACAACCACUGCAAGUCCAACCACCAUCACUGCUGCUCCAACCACAACAACAACUAGUCCAACCACGACAACAGCUGUCCCAACCACAACAAUUGCUGUUCCAACCACAACAUCGGCUACUCCAACCACAAC